UUAUUAUUCAGUGCAUUCAAAACACGGAACUAAAGUGCAAAUUCCACGGUGUCCUCAAUAUUUAUUUACUUAAAUCGAAGUAAUCUACUUCUAUUUGGACGUACAUUUUUCUCUCAAAUUACAGUACUUGUCGCCAUUGAUUUUUCGGUAAUUACCCUUAGAAUCAUCCCCUAGUGUCUUGUGUGUUACUGUGAAUCGAAAUCGUUAGAACGAUAUUUUUGAGCCUAAAUAAAAAAUUGUACGUUACGCUAACAACGCGAAGAACGAGUUCGAAUAUCUUAUCUCGUUAUCAGCAAGAAAUUCAACGAAUAUGAGCAGAAAGUAACUAACCAAUCACUAAGCUACUUCAGUUUCAUCUACAGCAGAUCGUUACGCAGAAAGCUCCUGAAGCUCGAGUCUGACAUAUCUUGUGCUCUAUGACAGCAUUUUUUGUCACAGCUGGCUAACGACAGCGAAACAUCAUGACGGAUAGUGAUAAGAAACCGAUGUCACGCUUAUUAAAGCUCGCCAACAAAUUCAACUGCUUUUACCUGUCAGUGCAAUGGAUGCAGAAUAUGCAGUGUUUCCAUGCAGGUGAAUGCAGGGCAUUUGUUGUUGAUGGACAACAAAUUGGUCUUGUACGCCCAGAUGUAAUGAAGGAAUUGUUAAAUUACCCUCAGGUAUUUCAAGUACACCCAGAAUAUGUGCAAUUAAAUCCAGCAUUUCGAGAUUAUGCAGAAAGAAGUGCCCGUGUUGAUGAGGUCCUAAGGGAAUGGCGGGCCGGUGGAAAAUUUGUAACUUUACGGGGUUGGAGGGAGGAGUGUUAUGAAGUACGUGCACAGUUCAAUACACCACCAUUAUUUAAAAUGGACCGGUCUGCUACAUGUCUAUUCGGAAUUCGCAAAUAUGGUGUAGACAUUAAUGGAUAUGUUAUGGAUCCUGUGAAAGGUCUAUCAAUAUGGUUACAAAAACGGAGCCCAAAUAAGCAGACCUGGCCUGGAUAUUGGGAUAACAUGGUGAGCGGCGGGUUAAGUGUUGGUUAUGGCAUUAAUGAAACUGCUAUAAAGGAAGCUGGAGAGGAAGCUAGCAUUCCCAAUAAUCUUGUUGCAAAGUUGAAGAGUGCUGGUUGUGUAUCACUCUUUUUCGAAAGUGAAAGGGGUCUGUUUCCAAACACGGAAUUCGUGUAUGACCUUGAACUACCGCCCGAUUUCGUGCCAAGCAACAAUGACGGCGAGGUAGAGACUUUCGAGUUACUUCCAGUUAAUGAAUGUUUAGAAAGGAUAUUGUCUUCACAUUUCAAAACGACAUCAGUGCCAGUUGCCCUUGACUUUUUAAUUAGACACGGAUACAUCACAGCGGAGAACGAGCCUAAUUUUAUACAAAUUGUGGAACUGCUUCAUAUACCUCUGCAGACCAUGUACAAUCAACCACAAAAAAAGUGUAAAAUAGCUGCCAAUGGUGAAGCGAUCGAGUCACUAGACCGAAUUUAAGUUUAACUAGACCCUAAUUUAAAUGAUGUUGAAAUUUAUUGAAUUGAACGAAGUUGACUUUCUUUUGUGGUUCUCUUGUAUUUGGUCGAUUCAACGCAGAUUUUAUAGUAAAUGGUGCAAUUUUAUAUGUGUAAGGCUUGCAAAUAUGUUCAUAAACUACUAAGUAGCAGUUACGAAGUUUUUAGGAACCCAUUUCGAAAGUUUUUAUCGAAUUCAAAUUUACUCUUGUUUUCGUGGAAGCCGUAU